GAGAGAUGCGAUAACAGCGUUUUCCCUGUUCAUAUUUGACUCAGUGCUUGUCAUUGAACACAGGCAGACUCACUCAGCGCGGGAAAGAAAGUCCACACAUUGAGAUCGACAUUAAAAGAUGCACACAUCAAUGGCUCUGCUCUUAUUGGUUCUUCAUUAGAUGGCUGUUGUAGGAGCAGUUACACUGCAGGUGAUGCAGAAAUCCUGAUUCUGGCAGACCGUCAUUGCAGGCAAAGAUUCAUCACAAAAGGCAUCCAACCCUCUGUGGGAAACUGAGUAAAACGCUUUGCCGGAACAAAAACACAGAAUCUCCGCUAGAUAACGGAAGAUAUACAUAAAGUGAUAAAACUGACGCAAGCUCCCCAGUGCUUGGUGAAGGUGUGUAAUGGAGAAAUAAGUGAAGAGGAACCAAAGUGAAAGAAGAAUGAAGUCCAAUGGAAAGCGAACACUGCUUUACAUCAGUUGUCAUUUAAAUUAGUACACUACAAUAAGGCAACAUGAUUGACAGGAGGCUGCUCCUAUUGAUGUCCCUCUGUCUUGUAGGAGGGUGUGUCAGUAAGAUUGUUCGUAGGAGGGGAGUGGGCUCAGUUCACACCCAGUUACGUGGAGGAACUGACCAAUGGGACACGAGUUUGGAGAGGAAUGGAAAUAUAAUGACCAGACUCAAAGAACUUAAUGGUCCCGAGGAAGUCGAAGAACAAAUUACAGCUCACCAGAGCCUUGGAGCUUCUCCUGUUUUCAACAAAGAAAAUUUUAUUGGGUUUAAUGCCAAAUCACAAGUGCAAAUACAUGAAGACUCCGAACAAACGGAUAUAAAAGUGCAAGCCGUAGACGACUCCAGAGAUCUGUUAGAGCUGAGAAAGAGCAGAAAUACCACCAGGAAAAGUGAUGUUAUUUCUAAAAAUGCAAAAAUAGACAAGUGGAUCUCAGUACAUCACAAGGCAGCAUCUGGCACGCACUUUAACAGAACCAGAUUCAGAAUUCCGUCAAGAUCCAGAGUGAGUUUAAAUUCUGGCAUUCACACUACAGCGGGUACAAAGGUAGUCACUCCGGAUUCACCUCACAAAUUAAACCUGACUGGAAGUUACGGCGUAUUAAAACUUAUAUCCAAAGACAAUCUUGUGCGGAUUGUGAAUUCCCAGCUUCAGAGCGUGCCGGGUCUCAAUAUUCCAAGCAAAAUAAGUCACAGCAGGAAAAGGGAUUUAAUCAACAUGGAUCGCACCCAGGUGGAUGCGCUCAAAAUGAAGAAGCAAGACAGGUCAGGCACUCCUGAACUUUAUAACUCUGAUAACCAGACCUCUGCUAACGCCAGUCUAAAUUCAGAUCAGACUGUUCAUACUAUCUGGAAACCAUAUAAUGGAUUUACCGUGGACGUAGGCGAGGGGGACAGAAAAAUAGAGAUAAGAGCUGCACCCGGCACUCCUUCAUGGAAAUACAAACACUUCACGACUCACAUAGCAUCAACUCCCCAAAGUGAGGUCAUGGCCAGAACAGAGACAAAUCCACUUUCUGGUCAGAGUGAUGCUUCCACAUCGUUGCAUAUGGGCAUAUCUCACACCCCUCAUAUAGACUCAGGACCUCUGUCCGCUGACACUGUCAGCUCUCUGACGGAGAGGACUCUUGAUGUAAAAAUGGAAUUAGAUCAGCGUGUUCACAUGCCUUUCAGUGUCACUCAGAAUCCAUUAAUUAAAAUUUCACAACCCAUUGACAGCAGCCACAUCCUAAAACUCCCUCCGGAUCCACAAUGGAGAAGAAAGGAAUCGGAUGAAAGUGAAGAAAUGACCGUGGACCCUAGCAUUGGCGGAGACACCCGGGGCCUUGUAUUCCAAGAAAUGGAUGAGAAUGAAGAUGAGGAGCAGAAUCGACCGAAGGGGGAAAUCUUGCGAUCUAGACGACGACGAAGUUGGAUCUGGAAUCAAUUCUUUGUCAUCGAGGAGUAUGCUGGCCCAGAACCGGUGCUCAUCGGACGGCUUCACACUGACAUGGAUAGAGGUGAUGGACGUACUAAGUACGUGCUGCGGGGUGAGGGGGCGGGGUCGGUUUUUGUGAUUGACGAGAAGACAGGCAACAUCCAUGUUACCAAGCCCUUGGACAGGGAGGAGAAGGACGAAUACCGGCUGAUUGCCACGGCAACAGACAGUCAGACCGAGCGCGCCCUGGAGCCAUCUUCCCAGUUCAUCAUUAGAGUGCAAGAUAUCAACGACAACCCACCUGUCUUUGAGGACGGGCCCUACAGUGCCACAGUCCCAGAGAUGGCAAACAUAGGCACCGCAAUCAUCCAGGUGACGGCUUCAGACGCAGAUGAUCCAACAUAUGGGAACAGUGCGCGGCUGGUGUACACGCUGGUUCAGGGGCAGCCACACUUUUCUGUGGACCCUCAGACAGGCAUUCUACGUACCGCGGUGCCCGAUCUGGACAGAGAGGCACAGGAUCAGUAUUUGGUGGUUCUGCAGGCUAAAGACAUGGGCGGCCAUCUUGGAGGUCUUUCUGGCACGACAACAGUUACUGUGCGUCUGACAGAUGUCAAUGAUAACCCGCCUCAUUUCACACAAAGUUCCUGGCUGUUCUCCGUGUCAGAGUUGGCCGUGCCAGGGGCGGAGGUGGGCCGGAUCUCAGCAACAGAUGCUGAUUUAGGAGACAAUGCCAAGCUGGAGUAUACCAUCCUGGAUGGAGAGUCAGGGGACACAUUUAACAUCACUGGAGCGAACCAAGAAGCUGUGAUCAUACUAAACAAGGCGGUGGACUAUGAGAGCCGUAGCUCCUACUCUUUCUCAGUGGAGGUUUUGAACCCCAUUGUUGACCCUCGAUUCCUGCGCCGUGGGCCUUUUAAAGACCGUGCCUCCAUCAGAGUUGCUGUGCUGGAUGCAGAUGAGCCCCCUCGGUUCUCGAGGGCACGAUACAGAAUGGAUGUGUCGGAGAACUGCCCGCCGGCAUGCACGGUGGGGAGGGUCAGUGCUGUGGACCCAGACACAGGGCUCACAAACAAUAUCAGGUUCUCCAUCGAUCCUCAAUCGGACCCGGAGGCUCUGUUCCGCAUCACCCCAGACACUGGGCUCAUCACUACGGCGACCGAGCUGGACCGGGAGCAUGAGCAGUGGCAUAAUAUCACCAUCAUUGCCACACAAAGAGAUAAUCCCAACCAGGUGUCCAGAGUGGUGGUCGCCAUAGAAACACUGGACUUAAAUGACAAUGCUCCAGAGCUGGACAGGCAGUACAACACAGCCAUGUGUGACUCCGCCUCCACCGGACAGGUGGUGCAGGUGUUGCGGGCGAUUGAUAGAGACGAGGGAGGAAAUGACAGUGCCGUCCAUUUUAACAUCCCUCCGGACUCCGGCGCUGCCCUCAACUUCAGCAUCAGGGAAAGUGGAGGCCCCACUGCAAGUCUUGUGUUGACAUCACCUUUGCAGACCAUGUCUCGCUCCUCCUCCUCCUCUCUCACACUCUACGUCCCUCUGGUUUUGAGAGACGGGGUCUCUGGGUUGACCAGUACGGGGACAGUCACUGUUUCUGUCUGUCCCUGUCUGAGAGGGGGAGCACGUGCCGGAGAAAAAGAGAAACAGAGUGAGGCGGAGUGGGAUAAAGAGACAGUUUGUUUGCCUCAGCAUUCCUCCCUGCCCUCCCCUGGACUCAGCACUGCCGCCCUGCUGGCUAUUUUAGCCUGUGCAGCGACUCUCCUGGCUGUCAGUGCUUUGUCUCUGUCCCUGCGCAGGCAGAAAAGAGACUCUCUCUCGCCAUUAGAAGAGGAUGAUGUAAGAGAAAACAUCAUCACUUACGAUGAUGAAGGAGGGGGCGAGGCGGACACGGCAGCGUUUGACAUCACAGCGCUGCAGAACGCCCCACAUAAUGCACGCAGGGGGUAUCGCACCCUGGACAGCAGGAACAUACGCUACUCACAACACAUUCACGACAAAGCUCGUGCCUAUGGCAGCUGGGCUCAAGGUGCACCAUUGGAGCCCGGGCAAUACAACAGUCAAGGGGCUGCUCUGUAUGGACGGCUGUGUUACAGCAGCCACACCCUCCCCGUGCUGCGACGCUCGCAGGGUCCAUAUGAACCCGGAUUGUCAGAACUGGCUUACCGCUACCCCACAGGUCAGCCGGACCAUUCGCUUGUCAUUCAGAACCAGACAGCUGUGGUAGGGCCUCUGGAGCCCGGGGCCAUUUACGCUGCCCCGACAGAGGCCGGACACAGCUCUAAAGAAGGGCCGGGGGUAUCUCAGGAUGGAGCUGUCACAUCUGAUGGAGGAACACCACAAAGAAACGACUCAAAAGAGGACUCGAGCAGUGAUGCCCAGCAGAGUCAAAGCCAGGAUCUGGACUGGGUCCAGGCGGACACGACCCCCCGCGAACGAGAGUUGGUGUUGACGCGAUCCGGCUCGGUUGCAGGGCAGGGCCCCACUGUUGGAUGGGUGUGUGACUCCGCCACGCUUCCUAGAGUUGGGCGACACCCAUCGCGGUCCAGUCUCACCCUCAACAGAAACGGUACCGGGCCUGGAGAGUCCGGCCACGUCGGGAUGGACGGAAACACGGAUAUCCAAAUGCAGUCCGUCAGUGGCAAUUACGCCACCAUCCUGCAGGGGGAGCAGCAGAGGGACUACCCAGGGACCCUGGGUCGGGGAGGGAGUGGUUUUGUAGUGGGGCGGCCAGAGAGAGAAGGCAGCAUUCCGAUAAGUGGGAACACAUGCGCAGGGAUGUACCCAGAGGGUGGAGGCUUUAUGGGAGACUGGCACGAACGGGUGGGCAUGACGGGGUACUCGGUGGGCAGACGGGAUAUGACUCCCCAGCUGCUUCCUUACCCCGGACAGGGCCGGGGGGCUUUCGGGGGCAUCCUGGGUUAUGGCGGAGUUUGGCCCUCAGCACCUGAGGCAUCGGGACGAGGUGCCCCAAUAGGAGGGGCUCACUCUCUAGCCCUGAGGGUCGGCGAAUUCCUGCGUCUGCGCCUGGCACAGGUCACCUUUGACCCCUCGCAGCCUCCUUACGAUUCCGUGCAGGUGUACGGGCUGGAGGGCACCGGAUCACGCGCAGGGUCGCUUAGCUCUCUGGACAGCGAGGGAGGAAAGGAGGCAGAGAAGGAUGUUUGGGGAGCAGGGCUGGAGGAUUGGGGUCCACAGUUUCAGAAAUUAGCCCAGCUUUUUAGCGAAAGGGAGAAAGAGAGUGAAGAAGAUAAAGAGGGAGAUGCAGAGGCAAGCAAAAAGCACAAGGAGAGAGAACGGGAGGAGAAGGAGGAGCAGUCUGGAGACGAGGAUCUGGCGAAUGUCUGAGCGAGAGAGACAAAGAGGGAGAGGGAGGCUGGGGUGGGACAGUGAUUAAAAGGCAACAAGAGGAAGAAUAAUGGAAAGAGAAAGGUAAGGAGGAAGAGAUGAAGUGGAAAGGUAAUAAGGGAAGACAAGGAAAAAUGAAUGCAGGAUAGGGAGAGAGAGAGAGAGAGAGAGAGAGAGAGAGAGAGAGAGAGAGAGAGAGAGAGAGAAGGCAGUGGAGGGAGUGAUUGAUGUAAUUUGAAGCAAUAAGUGUUGAAAAGCUGACGUGUGAGUAGAGAGACUCUCAGAGCUGUGUCUUCAUCCAGCAUUUAACAUUCCUCAAGUGUGUUGGGCAAAGAGACAAGUGAAGUUAACUGUAUUCUAGAUGCCAUUUAAUUACAAGAGAGAAGGACAGCGUUUAACUUGUAUUUUUGUGGCAAUGUGCAAUGUCACCACAGUGAGUAACACAAGGAUGAAAUAAUACAGAUGAGACUUGCUCAUGUGUGUCAUUGCUUCUCAUAGGAAAUUCAUAUUUGUACAAAAAUUGUUUAUACAUUCACAAAACAAGAGAACUGAAUUAUUCAGGCUGUUUCAGAAGAAAAGCAUUGAAUAUUACAGUAGAGUCCUGGAUAAGUGUCUGCACAAAGAUUCAUGGUGUUUACACACACACACGCACACACAUUUUGGCAAACAAAAACAAACAUACAAUUUCAGACCCCGCUUAAAAAUUCUGCUUUGACUUUUUAAUGUAGCUGUCAUUGGGGUUCAAACAUUUUGUCAGGAACAGACUGUAUAGAAAGUUGCAAAAACAUCACGAAAUUCAAAGAGUUUUAAAGCAUACAGUGUCCUCCAUAAGGAUUGAGACAAUAAAGGCAAACGCAAUUUAAAGGAACACUCCACUUCCAUUUUGAAAAUAGGUUCAUUUUCCAGCUCCCCUAGAGUUAAACAUUUGAGUUUUACCGUUUUGGAAUCCAUUCAGCUGAUCUCUGGUUCUGGCACUACCACUUUUAGCAUACCUUAGCAUAACCCAUUGAAUCUGAUUAGACCAUUAGCAUUGCGCUAAAAAAUAAUCAACGAGUUUCAAUUUUCUAGGCCAAUAUGGCUAGAAUAUAUACUCUCAUUCCGACGUAAAAAUCAAGGACUUUGUUGCAGCAGGCGAAAUGAUAUCACACAGUGCUCGAAAAUAGUCCCCUGUUAUUGAAAGUAACCAAGGGGACUAUUUUUGGGCGCUGCGUAAUAUCAUUGCGCCUGCUGCAGCCAUGUUACAGCAGCAAAGUCCUUGAUUAUUCCGCCAGAAUAAAGUAUAGUUUCUAGCCAUAUCAGCCUAGAAAAGCACAACUUUUAAUUUUCUGUCGGUCUUAGUACACGAUGUAACUACAGAAGAGUCAAGUUUUCAAUAGAAAAAAUAUCGGAACUCUUUACACUUAAAGGUGCAGUGUGUAAAUUUGAGUGGCAUCUAGUGGUGAGGUUGGGAAUUGCAACCAAUGGCUCAGUUAACUGCUCACCCCUUGCUUUUAAAACGCAUAGAGAAGCUAUGGUAGUCACCACCAGACAAACAUGUCAUCUUCGGAGACAGCUUCGUAAAAAAAUGUUGUCUUAUAAGGGCUUCUGUAGAAACAUGGUGGCACAAAAUGGCGACUUCCAUGUAAGGGGACCCUCGGUAUGUAAAUAAAAACUUCUCAUUCUAAGGUAAUAAAAACAUAACGGUACAUUCACACGGGGCGUAAGCGUUAACGCUUAACGGAAGACUUGUCUGAAGCGUGGCCAACAGCCAAUCACUGUGGCCGCAACACAAGCUCCGGUCUUCCAUAAACGCAAUUGGCUGGCUGUGCCUAGGUUAUUAGCAUAAGUCGAUAUGAUUGGCUGACACACGUGUUGCCGCUUAAAAAGUUGAGAAAUGUUCAACUUCUGCCGCGAGCAACGGCACUGACGCAGCGCCGACGGAUCCACAAUUCAGUUCGCCAACGCUUGACGUCACCCAUUAAAAGUGAAUGGGAAAGCGUCAACGCUUACGCCCCGUGUGAAUGCGCAGUAAGGGUUCAUUAUGAAAGGUCUUUAUACACCCCUGAAAAUAUAGUUUUGUAUAUUAUUUUGCAUUUUGGUCAAGAGAUCCUUCUAGAAAUUACACAUUGCACCUUUAAAAAAGAUUAAUUCAAUUUACUCAAUUUUUUAAGGUAAGUGGUUGCAAUCAAUUUA